AUGGUUUGCCUCGGCCAUGGUGUCUAUCGAAUCUCGGGCGUGCCACGCAUGCACGAGCGUCCACAAAAGGAGUUGAUCGAAGCGCUGAGAAAGUUGGGUUACCGGGUGGACACACCCAACAACAAACUGCCAGCGCUGUUCUUUGGAAAAGGGCCGGUGCGCGGCUCCGUCACCGUGAGUGUUGAGGACAGCUCCCAAUUUGCCAGCGCCUUGCUCCUUUCGAGCCGCGCUGGAGAGUGGGACGUCUCCAUCCCUGCUGGUGCAAAUCCAGAUGAGCUGCCCUACGUGGAGAUGACACGUGAGCUGCUGAAGGCUUUCCCACACAAUGGAGGAGAGUUCCAGAUUGAGGCCGAUGCAUCUAGUGCAAGCUACUUCCAUGCUGUGAACGCCUUGUUUGGGAGGAUUCAGCCUGUGAAGGUUCUGGCGUGCCAGCCGCCCAAAUGCAAAGGUGGCACCGGCUGGCAGAUUGAUGCCGAGUUUCCCAGGCUGGCACCUCUGAAUGAGAAGAUGUACAGCGCGAGACAGCAGGUGGCUGAGUGCUGGAAAGGUUUUUACUAUUUUGUGUCUCGCAGCUUGCUGGGGCAUGAGAACAUCCAUGACCCUUACAUCAUCUCUAGAAAGACUCACUUGGGUGACUCGAUCAUGACUGCCAUCACCAUCUCUGGCUUGGCAGAUGGUCCAUAUGCCUUUGUCCAACUGGGAGUGCUGAGGAAACAGGAAUGCGAGCGCGUCAAAGCACUGUAUGACGAGCUGCGAAAGUGCAAGUUUCGAGUGAUAGAGAGCGGCGAUACCCUAGAGGUGCUCCCGGUGCGCAACGAGGUGUCUCCGGGCAACGCACGGAUCAGCACCUACCACGACCAUCGGAUGGCCAUGUGCUUUGCCACACUAGGCCUGGCUCUACCCGGGCUGAAGAUCGAAGAUCCCAGCUGCGUGAGGAAAACGGUUCCGUCCUUUUUCCAGAUCUUGGCGGCACCGCCUCCCAAGGGCUUGGGAGUCCUGGCUGAUUGGCGGACGGGCUGA